AUGGCAAAAUUGUCGGUAUAUUUGACGCGACAUAAACUAGAACUGUUGAUGUUAUUGCUAUUAUGCUCGGGUAUUUGCCAUCUUCUAAUUUUGGUAUUCAGUAGUACCAACAGCUCAAAUUCUGUGCUUUUACAAACGUUCAGUCUCACCACACUGGACAAACGCAAUGGAACUUCAGAUAGUGUGGCUUCUGAUUAUGUGAAUGAUCUUCGUAGCUGGGUGGCUUCUUUAAAUGCCUCGCUAUACACUGGAGAAUGGCAAAAUACAUUUUCUUUCAUCUACUCGAACGGUGGAUCAAGCCCACCAGGCGUGACGGAUGAAAAUAAUAGCUACGUGAUGGUCCUACCUUUUUCAAAAACAGAGGAGAAGACUUUUAACGAUUUGGCCGAAGACGAUAAACUCUCCCUUUUGACGCUGUAUGAAUUUCUCGAUGUGAUGGUCCGUUUCGACGGCGCAACAUGUUUACAACCGUUAACUGAACACAAACGAGCGGAUCAUGAGUUGCACCAGGAAAAACUUUAUAAUCAAAAGAAGGAUUCGCUGGAAUCGUCCUGGUGUCGAUUUAUUACAAAGAAAUGGAGCCUUCAUAUAAAGAAUACAGGCCCGGUGCUAAAUACACGUCUCGAAAGUAAAACGUCAACAAAUGGAUCCUCUCCAAACAAAUUUUCGUUUUCAGACUUCGCGAACGGCAUACUGAUUGUGUACCAAGUUUGUAAUAUUGCACAAGGUCCUUUCGUAAUGAGAGGUGACGUGUUUCAUCGCAUCGGAGGAUUGCAUAACGGAUUUGGUAGAAUGGCUUUGCUAGAAUUUUUUGUUCGAUCGAAAGGCGAGCUGAAGAUAGCGAAACUUUCAAAUUGCAGGUGGACACACGGGAUAGCGCGCGUGGAUCGUGGAACAUUAGAAGGUUCUAACGAUGUCACAGAGUACGCCGCUUUUGGAAAUAAAUUCAAUAUUCUUCGCAUCGUCACAAACAAUCGAAUUGAAUGGACAACGUGUGUGUCAAACUGGAAAUUAUGCCCGGAGAAACCCUAUGUUAAGCCAACAGAGCUGUCCAGCGUGGCAGCACCGAUUUGUUGCGGGAUCGUCUUAUUUCAAAUGCUGAAAGAUAUAACAUGGGCACUGACCCAACUUGGUGUAGAUUAUCGGGUUAUUUAUGGUACUCUGUUAGGUGCAGUUAGAAGUCAGACUGUUAUACCUUGGACGUGUGAUGUUGAUAUCGCGCUUACGAAGGCUGACUACGGUAAUUCUUCGACCUAUUCAUCUAUUGCAGAACUUUUAAGGACAAAGGGCAGCCAUUAUUAUUUAGGGAUAUCUUAUAUGGGUAUGCCAAGGGGCCAUAUGCUGAUGGCACCUUAUAUAGAGGUUGACACAACUCCCUUUUUCGAUGGCCCUGAUGAUUUAGAAGGUAAUAAUUUAUUAUUUAGCAGUGAUAUCGAGGAAGCCGUACAGGGUAUGCUGCCUGUUUCAUCAGGCUGGAGAGAACGUCGUUACGUCGACUUUUAUAUUUCCCCUUCAGUUUGGCUGAACGGAUCUGCUCUUGCUGUGAUUAACAAUGAACAAUUUGUUACUCUGAAGGACAUAGACUAUGAGUUAACUAACUGGUAUGGCAAAGGUUAUCUUCAACCAGCUCAUAGAGGAGAAUGGUUUGGUUGCUUAGACUAA